AUGAUAAAAUCGAGGUUUUCAGAAGAUGCGAACGAUAAGAGUGUCGUAGAAAUUUCGACGUGCGCGAUUUAUCAGCUGGAGAAGUCAACGAGCACCGACGAUGACAACGAGGUUUAUUCGAAAUUGGAGCACGAUAGAAUCAUUUCCGAACUUGAAACGAAGAUUACUUCGUUAGUUAUUACUUGUAGAUUACUUCGGUCCGAGUCUGCCAACGCUAACAAGGGAUUUUUAAUAAACAACUAUAAGGCACAAUUAGCAGAGCUGACUAAAGAAAAGGAACAGGAAGUAUCUAGGUGUAAGGAGCUUGAAAGUGAAAAUGUUCUUUUACGAAAUAGCAAUGCUCAGCUGAAAGGCAAGAUAUCGUUGUUAAACAGUGAAAAGGAAAAGCUAGCUCUGGAGUCGGAGAAGUCAAAAUCGAGCGUGAAGGAGAGGGUAGAGACGCAAGCGUUGAAGUACGAGCGAUCGAUGCAGCAGGAGAUGAGCUCGGUAAAAGCUAAGUGCGACCAGGCUGUCGGGAUAAUUAAAUCGAAAAUGAACAUCUCGGAAAGUCGCAACAAAGAGUACCACGACGGGAUAAAGGGGUUCCUGGCAAUGGUUCAUGGUCGCGACCACAAGAAGAAAUCCGAGGCUUGUCCAAAUGGUGGCGAAACCAGUGAUAGAGAGGUUCACGAGGCGGCGUGCUCUAUCCUGAACAUCACGCCUGGUGAACUGUCCGGAUUCAUGAACGCCGGUUCAUCGAGCACGAUCAAGUCCUGGCUAACGGAGCUGCAAAAGGUGACUUCGAGGAGCGGCUUCGCGGAAGACCUGGCCAAGUUUCUCUUCGAGAAGUCCGCGACGGUCGGGGAGGAGUGA